CUCGAUCCUCCUCUCACUGUAGCUCGUCUACUUUUCCUCCGCAAGCCCGAGCAGAACACCUCCUCAUUCACGAGCCACCGAGUGAGGGUGGAGAAAUCCACUUGGAACACGGGACACCAAGGUCUGUACGUUUCCAUGUUCCUUUAAAGCCGGACCAUUCCCAAUCCCUAUUGCUCUCGUGCUUUAGCCUCUGUUGUUGUUUACGAGAAGGUUCGCAAGGUCAUCUUCACAGCAAGUUUGGGUUGAUCGUCCUGUAAACCUUGGUCUAUCGCCUGUAUUUCUGAGAGAAUCAGAGCUACACAAGAACCCGAGGUGCCGCCCUGACGAUGCCGCGUGAAUCUGUCGAAGGUCGGACUGCUAUAGUUACAGGCUCUGCUAGAGGCAUUGGGAAGGCCAUAGCCAUCCGCUUGGCGGAAGAUGGCUACGACGUCUGUGUGAACGACAUACCCGCCAACGAGUCAGGCUGUCACGAGGUCGCUAAGCAAAUUAAGGAUAUGGGUCGCAAAUCUUGUGUCGCAAUCGCGGACGUCAGCAAGCUCAGUGAGGUCGAACAGAUGAUACAGACAAGUGUGAAGGAGUUGGGCGAUCUAAAUACAAUGAUAGCGAAUGCUGGGAUAGCUCAAGUCAAAGGCCUACUGGACCUCACCGAGCAAGACUUUGAGCGAAUGUUCCGCGUCAAUGUCUUCGGCGUUCAGAACUGCUACCAAGCCGCCGCUAAACAGCUCAUCAAACAAGGCAAUUGCAAGCCGGAUAGCCCUGGAAAGAUGAUCGCUGCCGCAAGUAUCGUUGCCUUCAAACCUUUUCCGUUGCUUUCGCACUACUCUGCUUCGAAGUGGGCGGUCCGCGGUCUCACGCAAGCAUAUGCCAUGGAGAUGGCUGAGCACAACAUUACGGUCAAUGCUUAUGGACCCGGCAUUGUCGGAACAGCGAUGUGGGACACUAUCGACGAGGAGCUAGGCAAGAAGAAGGGAGUCGCGAAAGGCGACACGAUCAAGAAGUACAGCGGUGAGCUGAUUGCGCUUGGCCGUACCAGUGUGCCAGAGGAUGUGGCGAAACUGGUAAGCUUCUUAGCCAGUCGUGACUCUGAUUACGUGACGGGAUAG